CGCUAUUGCGCUGGGAUGAAAUCAAUUUCAAUUGGCGCCCCAGAAAAUUACAAAACAUUAGCGUCUUCCCCGACAUCCCCCCUUUGUGUUUGCAGUCCCCUCCCCUAUGUUUUGAUCGUCAUAUCCCCCUGAUCCUAGAGGAAUGUCGGAGCUGUAUGAUUUAAAAAUAGCACCAACUCCUCUCGGCAUUGACAGUCUGCGCGGCUAACUCUCGCAGCACUGUGGAGCGAGACACCGGAAUCCGAAGAUGGCUACAGAUCUGGGAGAGCUCCUGGUUCCGUACAUGCCCACCAUCCGAGUGCCCAGGACGGGAGACAGAGUCUUCAAAAGCGAAUGCGCCUAUUCCUACGAUUCUCCUGAGUCUGAGGGUGGUCUAUAUGUGUGUUUGAACACCUUCCUGGGCUUUGGCAGAGAACAUGUGGAGAGACAUUACCGCAAAACUGGACAGAGCGUUUACAUGCACCUAAAACGCACAGUUAAGGAGAAACCCACAGGAGCAGCAGGAGGUGCCGUGCCCAGGAGGAGGAACGGAAAAGUAUUUUUAGAUUUAGAGCUUAACCGAGAUUUUAACGGGGAGGACUACGAGUAUGAGGAUGAGGCCAAGCUCGUCAUAUUCCCAGACCACUACGAAAUCCCUUUACCUAAUAUCGAGGAGCUCCCUGCUCUGGUGACCAUAGCGUGUGAUGCGGUGCUGAAUGCUGCCUCGGCGUAUAAGAAACAGGAACUGGACUCAUGGGAGGAGGAGAUCCAGGUGUCCAAACACGCCCGCAGCCUCCGACAGCAGGACAAUGACAUCCGCAUCCCCCCCAGCGGCUGGAAGUGUUCCAAGUGUGAGAUGCGGGAGAACUUGUGGAUGAAUCUGACGGAUGGUUCCGUACUGUGCGGGAAGUGGUUCUUCGAUGGCAGUGGAGGGAACGGGCACGCACUGGACCACUACCGUGAGACCAACUUCCCCCUGGCUGUCAAACUGGACACCAUCACACCAGACGGAGCAGAUGUUUACUCGUUUGAGGAGGAAGAGGCAGUGCUGGACCCACAGAUAUCAGACCACUUGGCACACUUUGGAAUCGACAUGCUCAAAAUGACCAGGACAGAGAAUGGCCACACUGAUAACCUGGUACAGCGGCGGGUGAGCGAGUGGGAGGUGAUCCAGGAGGCGGGGCUUAAGCUCAAGGCCGUCUAUGGCUCUGGCUACACCGGCAUCAAGAACCUGGGCAACAGCGGCUACCUCAGCACCACCAUGCAGGUGCUCUUCAGCAUCCCCGAGUUCCAGAGGGCGUACGUAGGAAAUCUGCAGAGGAUCUUUGACUACGCUCCUCUGGAUCCAACACAGGACUUUGGCACACAGAUGGCUAAGCUGGGACAUGGUCUUCUCUCUGGACUGUACGCCAAACCACCAAUGAAAUCUGAGCUCAUUGAACAGGUGAUGAAAGAAGAAUACAAGAGGAACAGCGUGGCCUCUGAGAACCCGAGCGACGUGUUCCGUUAUCUGGUGGAGGAGCGCGUGCAGUGUUGUCAGACGCAGAAGGUUCGCUACUCACAGCGCGUGGACUACCUCAUGCAGCUCCCCGCCCCUCUGGAGGCCGCCUCCAAUCGAGAGGAGCUGUUGGCGUACGAGGUGAAGCGGCGCGAGGCGGAGGAGGGCGUGCGGGUGGCUCCUGACCCGGUCCGGGCGCGGAUCCCCUUCAGCGCCUGCCUACAGGCCCUCACAGAACCGCAGAACGUUCCGGACUUCUGGAGCUCAGCUCUGCAGGCCAAAUCAGCCGGAGUCAAGACGUGCCGAUUUGCCUCGUUUCCAGAGUACCUCGUCGUCCAGAUCAAGAAGUUCACCUUCGGAGUGGACUGGGUGCCAAAGAAACUCGGUAGGUCACUCAGCAUCACCAGACUUCCUGAUCUGAACCGCCAAGGCGGCAACGGCCUGCAGGAGGGAGAGCAGGAGCUUCCUGAGCUCUCACCACCAAUCGUCAUUCCUGAAGACUCUAGAGACAACUCCAUGAGCAACUCCACAGACCCUCCAGAGAUAGACGAGUCGUCGGUGAUGCAGCUGGCGGAGAUGGCUUCUGAGGCGUGGUUUCUGGCGGCUCCAUUGCUAAUCGGAAACAUGGGCGCUGAGAUGGCCUUCAACUGGGUCAUAGCACACAUGGAGGAGCCUGAUUUUGCGGAGCCUCUGGCAGUCCCCUCGUUCUCGGAGCCGGACCUGCUGGGCCCCGCUCCGACCGCAGGAUCUCCACUGGACAACCAGCCGCCAGAGGAGAGCAUCGCCAUCCUCACCUCCAUGGGGUUCCCACGCCAUCACACCAUCAGAGCUCUCAGGGCCACAAACAACAACCUGGAGCGUGCCCUGGACUGGAUCUUCACACACCCUGAUAGUGGGGAGGAGCCAGAGGGCGCGUCUGACAUGGCUGACACCGAGCCUGAUGACCACGCCCCCUCCAGCGUCAACGGCAACAGUGACCCCACCCUCUCCCCCGACACAGAUGCCUCAGGCCCACGAAUCAAAGAUGGACCUGGACGAUAUGAACUGUUUGCUUUUAUCAGUCACAUGGGCGAGUCCACCAUGUCAGGUCACUAUGUGUGCCACAUUAAGAAGGAGGGCAGGUGGGUGAUCUAUAAUGACCACAAAGUGAGUCUGUCGGAACGCCCCCCUAAGGAGCUGGGCUACAUCUACUUCUACCACCGGCUGUCCAGCUUCUAGAUCCCACCCCAUCCCCACACACACACACUCAGACUCUCUCAUACACACACACACACACACACACACACACACACACACACACACACACACACACACACACACACACACACACACUCACUGUCCCCAGGAAGACCAGGGUUGAGGGACAGAGAGUGCAAGGGAAUCCCUCCCACUCGGACACACCAGCAGAGUGACUGAAACCACAUGGGUGUGUGUGUUUGUGUGUGUGUGUGUGUGUGUGUGUGUGUGUGUGUGUGUGUGUGUGUGUGUGUGUGUGUGUGUGUGUGUGUGAGAGAGAGAGUGCGUGUGUCAGAUAUGUAUUGUAAAGGUGUGUGUGUAUAUUGUAAUGGUGUGCGUGUAUGUGUGUGUGUGUGUUGUAAAGGUGUGUUUUCUCCCACCAGUACUGUAUCUCAUAUCUGAGUGUCUUUUGAAAUCUCUGUCUGCCUUGAGCUUGUGGUGCCAGUAUUUCUAAACUGCCCCUCCAAUAAAGGGCAACCACACACUGCCAGCCUGCUAAUGCCCCUGCCAUUUCACCCUCUUUGGGUGGUACACACACAUACCAUCCACACCUUACUCAAACCUUACAUACUGUAUCAUCUCUACACACACACACACACACACACACUCACUCACUCACACUCACAGUCCCAGCUGGCCAUGGGCUCACAGGCGCUACAGCAGAGGGGAGAUGCCUAUGGCUGCCCUACUCUCCACAGCCUGUAGGGGGCACCACUCUCAUGCAUUGGCUGUUCUCCCAGCUGAGCCCUCCCAUCUCAGACUAGCCCAGUCAGAGCUGAGUUUUAGUUUGAUUGGCAGGUGACCCCACAUAAGAAAGUUCACCAGUCCUGUGUGGAGGACAGUAGGAAAGCGGUUACCGCGGAGACAGCCAAUCAGUGUCCCCGAGCAGCAGGGCUAGCCCCAGCAGGUGGGCCUGACUGUGGUUUUGAGGUGCAUUACGCAACUCCCUCUCCAAAGGCAUUCUGACGUCAGGACUCUCUCUCUCUCACACACACACACACACACACACACACACACACACACACACACACACAUUACUCAACCGACCCUGAUUCUGUAAAAGGCAUCAGCACCCUUUGGAGAUUAGAAUGUUGUUCUACACUGUGUCUCACACACACACACAAACACACACACACACACACACGCACACAUAUACAUACUAUACACACUCUAUACACACAUAAACAUCCAUUGCUGAAGUGCUGGCUUGGCUGUUGCAGAUGUGUGAAUGUAAACCCUCUUCACAUUCAGGUGUUCUGGUACCUAGAGGGUUAGUGUCUGUUAGUUUGUUUGUAUAGUGUGGUUCUCCAGUGGGGAAUGUUCUGUAUCGGUCUGUGGUUCUCCAGUGGGGAAUGUUCUGUAUCGGUCUGUGGUUCCCCCAUGGGGAGUGUUCUGUAUGUGUUCUAUGGUUCUGUAGAGAGGAAUGUUCCAUUUAGCUGCUUGGUUACAGUGCUGGGUUCCAGUGGACCUGGCAGGCAGCUGCGUAUCCAUGGUGACAGGAUCUGCCUUGGGUCCCAAGGAUUCUAGGAUGGCAUCUGGAAGCCUUUCACAUCUCAUAGAGUCUGCUCACACUGGCUCAUUGCAAUAACUGGAUUUAAUCCUGAUGUCCUUGAUUGACAGCUCUUCUCUUGUGUACUGCACAUAUGCAUCUGGAAAACACUAGUCUGGUUUUACUUUGCACUACAUGUACUGUACGGAGCUGGAGGUGAUGUGUGGCUAUGCUAACGUGUGACUAUAAUGUACAUACAGCAACGCAGUCUAUUAGCAACGCAGUUUGUUAGCAAUGUUGCAUGUUAGCAGUGAAGUCUGUUAGCAAUGAUGUGUGUUAGCAGUGAAGUCUGUUAGCAAUGCAGUCUAUUGGUAAUGCAGUCUGUUAGCAAUGCUGUCUGUCAGCAAUGCAGUCUGUCAGCAAUGCAGUCUGUUAGCAGCCCUCCUAGCAGAACCAUGCAAGAGCAGUGCAGUCACCUCAAUGUAUUUUUCCCUGUGCUCUUGACUGAAGCACUACAACUUUAAACUCUUUCUCUCACACACACACACCACACACACACACACACACACACACACACACACACACACACACACACACACAGCCUAUGCAGCUGAGAGUUCUAAACUUAAUGCAAUGUCUCAAACUCAAAGACCCUCUUGCUCACAUAAACACACACACACACACACACAAACGCUGUCGUGGCUGUACUGACCUCCUAUUCUCUAUCUUUGGGGAUGUUUGUCUGUUUUGCCUUAUGAGUGUUUCUCUCCUUUUCUGUCCCUCUCCCUCCUUUUCUCUCCCUCUCCCUCUUUUCUCCUUUCUUAUCCCCCUCUUUUCUCCCUCUCCCUCUUUUCUCCUUUCUCAUCCCCCUCUUUUCUCCUUCCUUCCUUUCCCAGUUGAGUUCUGGAUUGUGCAUCACUGAUGGUAUUAUUGCAUACUGGAUCUAUGUGUGUGUGUGUGUGUGUGUGUGUGUGUGUGUGUGUGUGCACUGCAUCCUGUAAGGUUUAGGGCUGAGGCCAGCCGGCCCCUGGGUACUACAUGGGCCUCCGUGUGUGUGUGUGGGCCCCUGGGCACUCCAUGGGCCUGUGUGUGUGUGUGGGCCCCUGGGUACUACAUGGGCCUGUGUGUGUGUGUGGGCCCCUGGGCACUCCAUGGGCCUGUGUGUGUGUGUGGGCCCCUGGGUACUACAUGGGCCCGUGUGUGUGUGUGGGCCCCUGGGCACUCCACGGGCCUGUGUGUUGGAAGCGUCUGCUGGCUCUUUCAUAUCUUCUCUUACAUGAAACUGAAUGUUCAAAGGUUCACCUGUUCACCUGUUCACCUGUUCACCUGUUUUUAUUUACUUAUAUUUUUUUUGCAAAGAAGUUUGUGCCAAUUCUGUAGUUACCCAAAGUGUUUUAUUUAAAGUUGAUUUUUUUGUAAGGUCUGUGUUUUCCUGUCCUGACGUCUGUGCAGACGGAACGCCGAGGCCCCGGCCCAGCUCUGGGUGCCAUGGCGACCUGCCGUGUUGGGAUAGGUGAAUAAACAGCAUUAUUGAUA